CACGCUUCAGCCACCGAACCCCACAAUACAGCGCCUCCAACUUGCUAUUAAUUAUACGGAACCAAAACCAACACCAACAUUAUUUGACUAUAAAUAUUAAUGUUAUCAUUUGAAAUUUGUUCCAAUACGAGAUUCCAAGUAUUUGCUUUGAGUGACAUAAACCUUUCAAGAUCUCAGAGGGGCAUGAGAUCAGAGGCUGAGACACAUUCUCGUAUAUAAAUAGUGGUCAGGAUUGUGAGAGUUAAUUUCACUACCCUGACACAAGAAGGGUUGUUUCUGAUUUUAUUUUAUUUUUGGUUUUGUUUCUUCUGAGGUUUUUAGCAACCCUUUAAGAUUUUGGUCAGAAAGUUUGGAUUUUUUGCUACCCUUUACAAUGAUUUCUUCAUUGAGACAACCUGGCGUAGGGAUCAGUGGUUCUGAUCUUGUUUUGAAGAGAACACAUGCCACCCCUCUUAAGGCACGAUUGUUUUUGCCUUCUUUGUCAAGAGUUAAGGCUCAAAAAUUUCUUGUUUCAGUGCAAAGGCCUCUGCACCUUGCAUCUCUUGGUGUUGGGAAUUUUGGGUCAGUGAAAAAUUUUGAGCCAGUGAAGAAUGAUGGAAGGAAUGAUUUGAUGAAGUGUGAAGCAUAUGAGGCAGAUAGAUCAGAAAUUGAAGCUGCAAACACACCAUCAGAGGCUGCAAAGAAGGUGAAAAUUGGGAUAUAUUUUGCAACCUGGUGGGCUCUGAAUGUGGUGUUCAAUAUUUAUAACAAGAAGGUUUUGAAUGCCUACCCUUACCCUUGGCUUACCUCAACUCUCUCACUUGCAUGUGGGUCUCUUAUGAUGUUGGUCUCUUGGGCCACAAGGAUAGCUGAGGCGCCUAAGACUGAUCUCGAGUUUUGGAAGUCUUUGUUCCCUGUUGCUGUUGCACAUACAAUAGGACAUGUUGCGGCAACGGUUAGUAUGUCAAAAGUUGCAGUGUCGUUUACACAUAUUAUCAAGAGUGGUGAGCCUGCUUUCAGUGUUCUGGUUUCAAGAUUUCUUUUGGGUGAGACCUUCCCUGUGCCAGUCUAUCUAUCUUUAAUUCCAAUCAUUGGUGGGUGUGCACUUGCUGCUGUGACAGAGCUCAAUUUUAACAUGACUGGUUUUAUGGGGGCUAUGAUAUCAAAUUUGGCAUUCGUAUUCCGUAAUAUCUUUUCUAAGAAGGGCAUGAAGGGAAAGUCUGUCAGUGGAAUGAAUUACUAUGCUUGUUUAUCAAUUUUGUCUCUUGCAAUACUUACACCCUUUGCAAUUGCUGUAGAAGGACCACAGAUGUGGGCUGCUGGAUGGCAAACAGCCCUCUCUCAAAUUGGACCCCAAUUCAUAUGGUGGGUUGCAGCUCAGAGUGUAUUCUAUCAUCUGUACAAUCAGGUGUCAUACAUGUCUCUAGAUGAGAUCUCUCCCUUGACAUUCAGCAUCGGAAACACCAUGAAGCGUAUAUCCGUCAUAGUGUCCUCAAUUAUUAUCUUCCACACACCAGUUCAGCCCAUCAAUGCUCUUGGAGCUGCUAUUGCUAUCCUUGGAACCUUCUUAUAUUCACAGGCAAAACAAUAGAGUGGGGGUGGGGCACCAAGAUUCCUUUAAGUACUUGUUUGUUGCUGUUCAUCAUGCUCAACCAGGGACAAGGAAUGCUGGAUUUUUGUGGAUUUUUGUUAAGACUAGGAUGAUCUGGUUGUUAGUCCAUCUGUAGAUAAUAAUAUGAAUAAUGCUGAGGAAGACAUUAUCAUAAAACAGAUGAUUAGUUAGGCUUUUUAAAAUUUUCAAUUUCUUAAGUGCCAAUGAGUUGAAAUAAAUAUUUUUGUUUAUAUGGUCUGAGAAUAAUGACACAAAACUUUGAAUUGCUAUA